AUGAAUUCUUUUAAGUCCCUUUUUUUAGUAAUCACUUUGAUGCUGUACUGUGUCCACUCCCUAAGCCUUAAGGGUAGCAAUAACAGAGGAGGCAAUCACCUACUAAAUGUAUCUUUGGAUGGAAAAAGUAAUGUACAAUUAAUAAAAUCACACAGUCAUUCAGCCUACUCUGGAUCCUACACGGAUCAUUCAAAAAAAUUCAUUUGUGAAUGUAGGUAUAUAGACAAUGAUGGCACUGAUGGAGGAAGUGGCACUGGGGGAGGAAACGAAACUGAGGGAGGAAACGAAACUGAGGGUGAAAACGGCAGUGGAAAUGGAAACGAAACGGAGGAUGGAAGCGGUAACGGGGGUGGAAAUGACAAUGGGAAUGGAAGCCAAACGGAAGGAGAAAGUGGAGCAGUUGAUAACCAUGAUAGAAAACCUCCAAGAGUAAUCUUAGAGGAAUAUAAAAAAAGAAAACAAGGUAUAAUUGCAGGAUAUUAUGGCUCAUGGAAUAGUCAAGGUGAUAGAGGAAAGCAGAUGACUGAUUCUAACCCAAUGGUAUCAAUACUUUACAUUGCUUUUGCUCGUAUAAAUAUGUUUUAUGAUGUAUCUAGACCAUUCAACGGAAAACAGAAAUUUUUGUUAAAGAAACAUGGAUUAGAAUAUGAAACUUAUGGUGUGAUGUUAAACGAAAUCAGACGUAUAAGGAAAGCUCGCCCAGACAUUAUCUUAAUUCUAUCAUUAGGAGGAGAAACAUAUAUGAUAGAUAUAACAAAAGAUAUUGAUUAUGUAGAACAGAUAGUUAAGCUUGUAAAAGAUUUUGAUUUAGAUGGUGUAGAUAUUGAUUGGGAACCACAUGGCAGCUUUAACAAUUUAAACGAACUAGAUUUCUCAAAUUACUAUAUUAAAUUAAUUAACGUAAUAAGAAGUAGCAUCCCGGAAGAAAAAGUAAUUUCCAUAUCUGGAUCAUCUAAUGCGGCAUUAUCGUGUGUAUCAGUAAAUGAAACAUUUUGUAAAGACAAUGAUUCACCAUAUAACACUAACUUUCUAUCUCAACAAAUGGGUAAAAACGAAGAAUUAUAUAAAGCAUCAACCAUGUUGUCUACAGGAACAUUUGUCAAUAUUUUUAAUACAGCAAAGGAAAAAAUUGAUCUUGUAUUUAUUCAGACAUACAAUUUAGAAACAACAAACCCAAGCAUAAUGGUAGAUAUGUAUUUAUCCCAUCUAUAUUUUGGAUUAAAAUAUAAUAUCACUGUAUUGUUAGGAUUUUCAUUAGAGCACAAUAGAGGUGGAUUUAGUCCAGAUGACAAAGCAUUAUUAGAAUUAGUAUCGAAAACGAUUCAUGAUGAAAAUCACAAACACAAUAGGGCUGAUGGAGUAGGAAUAUGGCAUCUGUUUAUGAAAGAACAAUUGCCAGGAGGGUCAUAUGAUAUAGAUGCAUUUGUUACAAAUGUUUGGAAACAUUUAAACCCGCAAGUCCAACAACCCAAGGAUAUAGUCAUAACUCAUAAUCCAGAUGACUGUAACAGUAUAGAUGAAUAUGUCUCUGGACUCGUUAUCCCCAAAGCAGGAGUAUACUAUAAGCAUAAUGGUGCCAUAUGGAAAACUAGGUCAUAUUCAACUCGCGCUCCUGGUGUUGAUAGAUACGAAUGGGACUUGGUCAAAAUAUGUUACGAAAAAGCAUGUAACGGAAAAGCAGCUCAUUACUUUAACACUGAUUAUCAAAAUGGAUCCAUCGUUAUUUGGAAAGGAGAAGCCUAUACUAUAAAAUGGUGGCAAGCAGGACCUCCAGAAGGCGCAUCAUUAGAGUCAUAUGAAAAAUUGGAAGCCUCAGCAUGUCCCGGACUGAUGGAAUGGAAUAAAGAGCACCCCCAUAAGCCAAUUGAAGAAGACAUCCCCUAUGAACAAGAGGAAGAUUAA